AUGUCCUACAUGAGAGCAGACAGCAGCCGCUCCCAGCCUCGGGACUUCAGCAGCCUCAUCCAGACAUGCAGCUCCAACAUCCAGAAGAUCAGCCAAAACACUGGCCAGAUCAAAAGCCAUGUCUACCAGCUGGGGACGAGACAGGAAACCCCCGAACUUCAAGAGAAGCUCCAACAGCUCCAGCACUACACCAACCAGCUGGCUAAAGAAACCAACAGACACCUGAAGGAGCUGGGCUCACUCCCUCCAUCACUGUCUCCAUCAGAGCAGAGGCAGCAAAAGCUCCAGAAGGAGCGUCUGAUGAACGAUUUCUCUGCAGCCCUCAACAACUUCCAGGUGGUGCAGAGAAAGGCAGCAGAGAAAGAGAAGGAGUCGGUGGCCAGGGCUCGAGCUGGAUCCAGGGCCAUGGGAGAUGGAGGCAAUGUGGAUGAACAGCUGGUCACAUUUGAAAAGGAGGACGAGUUGAGUCAGAGCCAGACUCAGAUUGAGGAGCCAGGCAUCACUGAGGAAGACCUGGAGAUCAUCAAGGAGAGAGAGACCAACAUUAAACAGCUGGAGGCCGACAUUAUGGAUGUGAACCAGAUCUUCAAGGACCUGGCUGUGAUGAUCCAUGACCAAGGAGAGAUGAUUGACAGCAUAGAGGCCAACGUGGAGAGUGCUGAGGUCCAUGUAGACAGAGGCGCUGUCCAGCUUCAGAAAGCAGCUUAUUACCAGAGGAAGUCCCGUAAGAGGAUGUGCAUGCUGGGCAUGGUGUUGACGCUGGUCCUCGUCAUCCUGAUCAUCAUCAUCUGGCAGGCCAUCAAAUGA